AUGGCUUCCGACUUCGAGGACGAGCCCGUGCCGUACUGCCAGAGCCACCUCGAGGAGAUACACGACGCCCCCACCCCCGUGGGCAACCUCGUCGACAGGGUGCAGUUCAUCACCAAGAAGUGCUCGGACGGGCUGGGGGAAGCGAAGUUCGCCAAGGCCCUGGACCUGCUCAAGAAGAUGCAAGAGGGCGACUGCAGGGUCACCUUGGACGGGGUCGAGUACGACGGAAACGAGGAAGACGAUGUUGAGAAAGUGCUGGUGAAGGUGAUCGGGAAGCACAAACUCCACUACUGGAACUUAUUGGACCAGCUGCUGCUCAUGUCUUAAGCCUAUGGCGCGCACAUGAUACCCAUCUAUCUUGCAUAGUCUACCUACCUACAUAGACGACAUGAGAGGGGGAGUUCAUUCAGCGUUUUACCCAGACUGGUAUUGUUGGGGAGCCAGAGAGUGGAAGCAAGCCAAUGGCAACCAGGGUUGCCUCGUGCAUUUGUAGGACGAAGGCUUGUCCAUUGAACGAACUAGAGCCGAGGGGGCCGGGAAGGUAUGUGUGUAUGCCCAUCCCCAUCUUUUGCUGUUCUUUCUCGCACCGUUUCUCUGCUGUUCUGCGGUGGUGGGGAACACGAGCAAGAUCGAUUUGCACGAACGAGCACAUAAUAAUACGCGCAGAAGGAAAAGAGCGAGUGUCGGAACUCAAGGCGGGCUUUUUGUUUUUGUAGCAAAUGUUCCCUCUCGCAGCGACUAAACGAAGCAUCUUGCAUGCAUGGGCUAAAGGUGUCGAAGAACAAGUUGCACUCGGGUCUGCUUAGUCUAACCAGAACCAGACAACACGUGAUGAAGCAGGACGCGUCCAGGGCCGCUCGUGGCCGGCCGACAAACUGGUGGGUUCGUGUUC